GCCUUUUGUCAAAAAAAUUUCAAUACACCACCCUUUUGCUCACCUGAAUCUCUCAAACUCACGCCCUUUUACGUUGACAUUGUUGAUCCUGCGCCGCAGUUUCCGAUUGAUCGGAGGAGCAGGGAUCUUGAUUUUUCGCCGGAAUGGACGAGGUGAUGACAGCGGCGGNCGCGGGAGUCGGAAACAGGGCGUUGUACGGAUCACCUCCGUCGCAGCAUCUGUUUCCUCACAAUCUCCCAAUCUUCUCCGCUUUUCUUGCCUUCGCUCUUGCUCAGUUCCUCAAAGUUUUCACCAAUUGGUACAAAGAAAAGAGAUGGGACUCUAAACGGAUGAUUAGUUCUGGUGGUAUGCCUUCCUCUCACUCUGCUACUGUCACUGCCUUAGCUGUUGCCAUUGGCCUAGAAGAAGGAGCUGGAUCACCCGCUUUUGCUAUCGCGGUUGUCUUAGCAUGUGUUGUAAUGUAUGAUGCAUCCGGGGUCAGGCUUCAUGCUGGUCGUCAAGCCGAGCUGCUGAAUCAAAUUGUCUGUGAGUUUCCUCCCGAGCAUCCGUUAUCCACAGCUAGACCCUUGCGUGAACUGCUCGGCCACACUCCUAUCCAGGUUGCAGCAGGCGGGGUAUUAGGAUGUGUGGUGGCAUAUUUGAUGAGGAGCACAAGCUAGUUUCUACUCAAGUAUGGAUCCAAAAUUCUUUUGAAAUCAUAGACCCUUCAGAAACUAUAUAGAUUUAGCGAUCAAGGGACGCUAGAUUAUUGAAGUAAAUGGAAAUUGUUAAAUGUGUGUAAUAUAUAGAUCAUAGUUAGACUUGUCGUUGUUUAAGCUGUUCCUUCUCAACAUUCUCUCUCUCUAUAAAUAAUCUCUACUUUCGAAGCAUUCUUAACCUGGACCAAACCUAGGCUUGUAACAUUGUUGUGUGUCAAAGUAUCUUUACCACUA